AUGGACUCUCUGUAUUAUUCUUUACUUGAUAUCAAUUCACUUGUACAAUGUUCACUGUGUCAUGGUUAUCUUGUUGAUCCGUAUACAAUAAAGGAAUGUAUGGAUACAUUUUGUCGGACAUGUAUUCUGUUGCACUUCGAAACUUCACCACGUUCGGAACUUAAAUGUCCGAAAUGUCAAAUUCAGCUACAACCAUUUUCGGAUAUAUCGAAAUGUUUGAUGCCCGAUAGACAGUUGGGUGAUGUCCUACGCUCGUUACUGCCAGCGUUAGAUAUCGAUGAAAUUCAUAAUGAAAAACAUUUUUACGAGCACAAGUCUUUGCCAAUGCCGAAAGACCUUCGUCUGAAACUUCGGGUUGUACAUAAUCCUUCACCAAUGCGUUUUACUGAUAAACAUGGUCACACUCGUUUACGUUCCCAAACUCAUCAUCAAUCAACGAUUCCUCGUCAGCAAAUUUCCACAACUCCGAUUGCACUGCAGAUAGAAUUGUGUCGGAAAUCGAUUGAUCCAUCGUUAAAUAUCAAGCAAUAUCCACGCAAAUAUCUCUGCGUUAAUUCACAAUUAGACAUCAGUUAUAUAAGAAAAUAUAUCGAAAAGAUAUGUGACAUAACAUUGCCGCAUCAAAUCUAUUUGUUCUUCUACGAUUCGUGUUUGAGUGAAGCAACACCUUUGUUGUUAAUCAAAAAGUUACUUUUUCCAUCGAGUGAUCGUGUGAAAUUGUAUUUCUCUAUUUUGUCAAAUAAAUGA